CCCUGACAAUGAUCACCAUCAACAGGAGGUGGACGAGGAGGAGCCUCAUGUAGGCCGCAUCUUUGGCGUCUCGGGGCCAGUGGUCAAUGCCGAGGAUAUGGCCGGCGCCGCCAUGUACGAAUUGGUCCGUGUGGGCCACAACAAUCUGGUGGGUGAGAUUAUACGCCUCGAGGGCGACAUGGCCACCAUUCAGGUGUACGAGGACACGUCCGGCGUGAGUGUCGGCGAUCCCGUGUACCAGACGGGCAAACCGCUGUCGGUGGAGCUGGGCCCCGGUAUCAUGGGCAGCAUCUUCGAUGGCAUCCAGCGACCUCUGCGCACCAUCAACGAGAUCACCCAAUCGAUCUACGUGCCCAAGGGCAUCGAUGUGCCAUCUCUGCCCCGCAAUGUCUCCUACUCUUUCACCCCAGAGAAGCUGCGCAUCGAUGACCUAAUCACCGGCGGCGACAUCUACGGCACAGUGCACGAGAACUGCAUGAUGGAGCACCGCCUGAUGCUGCCGCCUCGCACCCAGGGCCGCAUCAAGUGGCUGGCCUCCGAGGGCAACUACAGUGUGGAAGAUGUGGUCAUAGAGACGGAGUUUGAGGACAUUGUCACCAAGCACACCAUGCUCCAGGUGUGGCCAGUGCGACGCAAUCGACCCGCAGUCGACAAGCUGCCCAGCAACAGUCCCCUGCUGACGGGACAGCGCGUGCUGGACGCCUUCUUUCCCUGCGUGCAGGGCGGCACCACCGCCAUUCCAGGUGCCUUUGGCUGUGGCAAGACUGUCAUCUCCCAGGCCCUUUCCAAGUACUCCAACUCUGAUGUCAUAGUCUAUGUGGGCUGCGGCGAGCGCGGCAAUGAAAUGUCAGAAGUGCUGCGCGACUUUCCCCAGCUAGAGAUCGAAAUCAACGGGAAGAUGGAGUCCAUUAUGAAGCGCACCGCUCUGGUGGCCAACACCUCCAACAUGCCCGUGGCUGCCCGUGAGGCUUCCAUCUACACGGGCAUCACCAUCUCCGAGUAUUUUCGUGACAUGGGCUAUCAUGUGUCCAUGAUGGCGGACUCCACCUCUCGUUGGGCCGAGGCCCUGCGUGAGAUCUCUGGACGUCUGGCGGAGAUGCCUGCCGAUGCGGGCUAUCCAGCUUACUUGGGUGCCCGUCUGGCCUCCUUCUACGAGCGCGCCGGUCGUGUCCAGUGCCUGGGCAGUCCUCAACGCGAAGGCUCUGUGUCCAUUGUGGGCGCUGUGUCACCUCCUGGUGGUGACUUCUCCGAUCCCGUGACCUCUGCCACGCUGAGCAUUGUGCAGGUGUUCUGGGGCCUGGACAAGAAGCUGGCACAGCGCAAGCACUUCCCCUCCAUCAACUGGCUGCAGUCGUACUCGAAGUACAUACGCGCCUUGGACACAUACUACGAGGAGACCAAUCCGGAGUUCGUCAAGCUGCGGGCCAUGGCCAAGCAGAUUCUGCAGGAGGAAGACGAUCUGGCGGAGAUUGUGCAGCUGGUGGGCAAGUCCUCGCUGAACGAGACCGACAAGAUUGUCCUCGAGGUGGCCAAGAUGCUGAAGGACGACUUUCUGCAGCAGAACUCCUACAGCGACUACGACGCCUUCUGUCCCUUCUACAAGACCGUUGGCAUGCUGCGCAACAUGAUGGCCUUCUACGAAGCGUCCGUCGAGGCUGUUGUCAAAACGGCGCAGGAGGAGGCUCGUGUCACAUGGAACCUGAUCCGCGAGCACGGCGCUCAGAUCAUGUACGAUCUGUCCACGAUGAAGUUCAUCAAUCCAAAGAUAGGCAGGGAGGCCGUCGAGGAGGAGAUGAACGUGCUGUACGAGAGCAUACAAAAGACCUUUAACCAUUUACAAGAUAAUAUCGCCAAGUUCUAUGCCUAACUGCGGCUCUGUUGCUUUGUCAAAAUUGUUGGAGUUGCAUCCGUGACAGGCUUUCCGCAUGGACCAUACGACUGUUCCCACUUCCCGCUCGUUUAGCUAUUAUUCCCGUUGAUUCUUCCACAACCACUCUGAUUGUAAUCACCAUAAUUAUAUUUGCCAUCGACCUCUGA